AGUACGGAUGUAGUAACCCCAGGCAUCCCCCCUCAACCUCCGUCACAGCCAAUGUCCAUGUAUUUUGAAGAGGUGACCCCACCAAAGAACUGUGAGGAUGUGAGAUUGAUGCUGGUGCUGCAGAGUAAGAGCAGUGCUGCCAUGCGACUGUUCAUCAGCAUCAGGGUCCAAGCCAUGAGGUACAACGGCUCACCAGCUGGGACCAUCCAGACCGAGGUCAAGGAGGAGACACUGCUGCCUGGGAAAGAGCUCUCUGUCCCUAUCCAGGUCCCGUUCUCGGCCUACUAUAAACCCAUGAUGGAGUGUGACAUCAUGAAGGUUUCAGCCUUGGUCACGGGCAAAGAGAAGCCAGAUAACACAUACCUGGCUGUGCAUGACGUCGUGCUGCUUGAUCCUCCUAUUAACAUCACGGUUUCUGGUAUAACCAGACUGAACAGAGAGGCAGAAGGGGAGGUGGUUUUCAUGAACCCGGUCACCGAGACGCUGAAGGAGUGUACUCUGACUAUCUCUGGAAGUGGCCUGUUGAAAGAGGACAUUGAAGUCAAAGUGAUUCCAGAUUUGAAGACAAACAACCGAAUAUGUGUCAAGUUCCCCUUUGUUCCCUACAAGCCCGGAAAGAAGACUGUCGUGGCCAACUUUGACUGUUCCACCUUCAGAGACAUCAAGGGCAGCUGCACUGUCGAUGUAAAGCUGUAA